ACUUUAUUUUGUGUGUCACUCGUAGAUAUUAUUAUCUGCCGGCCUUCUCUUAUUCCAGACAGUUUCGUAGUUUCUUUCACAAUUAAAAACCCUCGUUUGCCUGUCCUUAAUCGUGCACUUGUUUGAGUUGACAUCCGGCUAUCAUCAGUUUGUUUAUUUUAGAGACAUCCACCACUAUGGCACAAAUUAAAGAUCAAGAUUCUAUCAUGGGCAAAUUUAUAGAAGAAAAGGAAGUCGCUCGAGGAAAUUGGUUGGCAUUACGUAAAAUUACCUAUUCUGACCCCAAGGGAAAAACAAGAACAUGGGAAACAGUAAGUCGAAUUGUCAAUGACAAAACUUCGGAACGAGCUGUUUGUGUGAUUGCUGUUCUCAAGCGAACACUAAAGUUUGAUAGCAUUCUCUUAGUGAAACAGUAUCGGCCUCCACUUAGAACCUGUACCAUUGAGUUUCCUGCUGGGAUGAUCGAUGUGAAUGAAACAGCUGAACAAUCUGCUUGUCGUGAACUGAAAGAAGAGACUGGUUAUGUGGGCAUUGUGAAACAUAUUUCACCAACAACUUGUCUUGAUCCUGGAGUUGGCAACAAUUUGGUAACAUUGGCUACUGUUGAAAUUGAUGGAGAUGACCCCAGCAAUCAAUCACCGAAACCAGACCUGGGUAAGUUUACUAAUUUCGAAGUCUCAACAAACGUCACUAGUUACAGCCCAACUACAAAUGAAUUCAUAGAGACAAUAAAAGUUCCUGUUUGUGAAUUAUUGGUUCAACUGAAUGAAUUUUCUGCCAUGGGUUACGUUAUCAACUCUCAAGUUUACAGUUAUGCAAUUGCAAUGGAACAGUGCAAGAAGAAAAAACAUACAGUUUGAUGUUUCUUAUAAUCUUUCUUUUUUACCAAACAAGAUUAUAUUUUUCUAAAAGUUAAAAAUAAAGAAAUUUUUCUUUUUUUUCGCUAAGCAGCCACAA